AUGGGAAGAUCAAAUCCGGUGUCACUAUUCAACCCAUUUGCUCUCAGUACCUUUGGUAUUUCCUCUAUUGGAUGGAUCAUCACCUUUGCAGGAUGUAUUGCUACAAACACCCAAAAUAGCGGUUUCCCGAAGUUCGCAUGGUGGGCAGUUGUUUUUCAACUAUUGCUCUUGAUCGUCAUUGUCGUUCUGUACAUCACGAAUACCUUCCACUACCACAGAUUUUUCCUAACAUGUGCGAUCGGUGUCGCAUUCGUGUACAACUCCAACGCGACAAACAACUUAGUUUACGACACCGACUCAGCCCCAGCGGCUGCCAGCGCGGGUUUCAUCAUUCAGUGUAUUGUCAAUAUACUGUGGCUAUUUUACUUUGGAUCGGAGCCUAGCUCACCAAUUAUCUCCUAUAUUGAUUCGUUCGGGAGCAGCGAGAAUUUGAUGUUGUCGUCCAAACGGUCGAAAUCCAACAGAAACGCCGCCGGGCAGUCUCAGAUACCUCUCGAUGAGCCAUACAAGGACGAGACAAUGGGUUAUGCUGAGAGAAAUUCCAUCUCCAAUGAGAAUUCGGGCUUACAUGAAAAUCCUUUCAAUACUCAAAACUACACUGCGCAACUCAAUGGACUAGAGAACGCUUCAACCACGAAUAGGGCUUCUGCAUUGCCGGAAGAUGAUUAUCCUAUCACUGUUAGAGGAUUAUUUGAUUAUGACGCUAGCCCUGACGAUAUAAACGAGCUGUCCUUCAAGAAAGGCGACAUUUUCCGUGUCAAAGACACCGUUGGAAAUUGGUGGCAAGGUAAGAACUCGAAGGGUGAAAUAGGUAUGUGUCCAAGCAACUAUCUCGAAGUCAUUGGCUAA